AAGCUAAAGGAAGCUAUCACAAAAAGCCCUUGAGAUUUGAUUCCAUCGUAGAGCUUAAUUUGCUAAAGAUCAUGGAUUCAGCUGAAGCCAGAAAACCCCAUGCAGUGUGUCUUCCAUUCCCAGCACAAGGGCAUGUCAUCCCCAUGAUGAGAUUUGCCAAGCUCCUACACUCAAGGGGCUUCCACAUAACCUUUGUCAACACCGAGUUCAACCACGUGCGACUAAUCCGGUCCAAAGGACCCGACUACAUAAAGAGGCUGCCGGAUUUCCACUUUGAAACUAUACCGGAUGGGUUGCCGCUGUCCGACCAUGAUGCAACACAAGAUGUCCCGGCCCUAUGUGAUUCCACAAGAAAGAAUUGUUUGGCCCCGUUUAAAGAGCUUGUGAUUAAGCUUAACACAACGUCUCAUGUGCCUCAAGUCACUUGCAUUGUUUCGGAUGUUUUUAUGGGUUUUGGUCGUCAAGCUGGAAAAGAACUAGGCAUCCCGGGGGUUGAAUUUUGUGUUGUUGCAGCUUGUGGCUUCAUGGCAGGCUUGACUUUCGAUGAACUCAUCAAAAGAGGCACUAUUCCAUUCAAAGACAAAAGCUUCGAAGAUGACGGCACACUUGACACACUGAUCGAUUGGAUCCCGGGCAUGAAAAACAUGCGACUGAAGGACCUCCCUAGCUUUAUUAGAACUACUGAUACUAAUGACAUCUUCUUCGACUUUACGAGAUCAGAACUGCAAAAUUGCUUGAAUUCUUCUUCGAUCAUCUUCAACACAUUUGAUGAGCUUGAAAGUGAAGUAUUAGAAGCAAUUUCAGCCCUGUUCCCUUGCAUUUACAAUGUGGGUCCCCUUCCCUUAUUAGGUCAACAUGUACCCGAUAGCCAACUCAAGUCCUUAAGUUUAAGCUUAUGGAAAGAAGACUUCAAAUGUCUCCAAUGGCUUGAUAAAAAGGAAUCCAAAUCUGUUGUGUACGUAAACUAUGGUAGCACUACUGUAAUGACCGAACAACAUUUGAAAGAGUUCGCAUGGGGGCUUGCAAAUUGCAAGCACCCAUUUUUGUGGAUAGUUAGGCCGGACAUGAUAUUGGGAGAUUCAGCAAAUUUGCCUGAAGAUUUUUUGGAAGAGACUAAGGAGAGGGGAUUGCUAGCGAGUUGGUGCCCACAAGAACAAGUGUUAGCACACCCAUCAAUAGGUGUUUUCGUAACACAUUGUGGAUGGAACUCUACAUUGGAAAGCAUAUGUUUUGGUGUGCCUGUUAUUUGCUGGCCAUUUUUUGCUGACCAACAAACGAAUUGUCGGUAUGCUUGUACCACCUGGGGGAUUGGGACAGAGGUCAACCAUAAUGUAAAACGUGAUGAGAUUGAAGCAGUUGUUAAAGAAGUGAUGGAAGGAGAUAAGGGGAAGGAAAUGAGGCAAAAGACACUUGAAUGGAAAAAGAAAGCAAUGGUAGCUACUGAUAUUGGAGGUUCAUCUUACAAGAGUUUUGAAAGAUUCAUUGAGGCAUUCCAUGGUCCAUAUAUAUAGCAACUGGAUAGCAUAACUCUGUUAAGCAUAGGUACCAUGGUUAGUUGGUUACCGCUAUAUCUAUGAUAUGUUCUAUCUUCCAUGCAUAACUUGUUAUUAUUUUUAAGACUUAAUUCUAUUGUGUAAUUCUUAGAUGAUCAUCAAAUUAUAUUACUUUCAAGUAAUUAUUAGACUA